GGUUGCUAUGCGACGUGUCCCGGAAGUAAAUGUCUUCGUUGUGGCUUGUUGAAUCAUGGCUGCUUCAACAGUCAACAGUAAUAGCCGUCACAAAAGGCAAACAUGCAUCGAGAAGCUGCCUUUACAAGACAGAGAGAUUAUUAAACCCUCCAUAACAGAGCUCACCAAAGAAGUGCGGACCAACAUCCUCUGUACGGUGGAAGGAUGUGGGAAGAUUCUGCCUAACACUCCAGCACUCAACAUGCAUCUGGUCAAGUCCCACAGAAUCAAGGAGGGGCUGGUCAACCCUACAAUUAGAAAGGACAUUAAAGAAUCACAAAAGCUCUACUGUUGCCCAAUAGAAGGUUGUCCAAGAGGACCAAACAGACCCUUUUCUCAGUUUUCACUAGUUAAACAGCACUUUAUGAAGAUGCAUGCAGAAAAGAAGCACAAGUGUUUGAAGUGCAGUAAUGGCUACAGCACUGAGUGGGACCUGCGGAGACAUGUUGAGGAUUGUGGGAGGACAUACAGCUGUACAUGUGGUUGUCCUUAUGCCAGCAGAGCAGCACUGCUGUCUCAUAUCUACAGAACAGGCCAUGAGGUUCCCAAAGAGCACAGGUAUCCACCAGUGAAGAAGAGGAAAAUGGAAAUAUUGUCAAGCAGUACAACAAAUUUUAUGCCUGAUGAACUAAUAAAUGAAAUUCCAGACUGUAAGAAAAAAAUCAGCGAAGGAGCAGUCCCUACCAAAUUCAUCUCUGGAACCUCGGCCACAGCAAAACACAACACUAACCACCCCAAACACACCCAGAAGCUCCUUCUCCCAAAGCCCAAAGUGGCCCUUGUCAAUGUUCCUGUUAUGCAGUUCACCCACCUGCCUGUUCUCCUACCCUCUGUGGAAAGUAGUGCCUUGAGGUCAUUGGUCUUGUCUGUGGAUGCACAAGGGUCCGUAAGCACUGUGCGUAUUUUGUCACCGUCGGUCAGCACAGUGGUGCCUGAUCUGAACAAUAAGGCUUUCAAAGAGGCCUUUCCUGUACAUACAUCAGGCCAGGAAACAAUUAGCACAGGGGUACAGGUCAAUCUUGAGAGUCAAGCCUCUGUGGGAGAUCCAAUGUGUUUUGGAUCCAGAAACAAAAGCACUUCAACAAACAUUCAAACUGACAUAUCAUACCUCAACAAAGGGAUGGAUGCUGGACCAUUAACUGUCUCCCCCUGCUGUGAGGCCUCAGUGUCCUCUUGCUCUCAGACAGACAUCAGUGUAAGCGCUCAGAUUCAGUUGCCUGUUAAUGUGCAAACCCAGACCCUACCCUCACAAAUCAAAGCCACAUUUUCCAUUGGAGCACAGACAGAUGUUUUCAGUUUCUCUUCCAUUAAUGUGACCCGGGAAACACAAACAAGCUGUUCUGCAGCCCCAGUGGAUGAAAGCCAAAUGGACCAAGAAAUGUGCACAAAUCUAUUUGAUACUGAUACUCUCAGUGUCUCCACUCAGACUGCAGAGGCUGAUGCACAUUUCAGAACCAGUGGUUUAGAAGAUCCUCUGACCAGCACUGGAGCUGGGCUUUUUGAGGACAAGACUGCUGCAUCCAUGUGUUUUGGGGCCCAGACUGAUAUUUUGCACCAAAACACAGUAGCAGACAACCAGACUCAGACCAUGAUACUUUUCCGUGACCUUGAGAAUAUUCUUUCUGACAGCAUGACUGGGGUGGCUUCGAGCUGUUCUUCAGGUUUAGUUGGUACACAUGAACCGCAUCACACUGGCAUUGACUUUGACUUUGAAGAGUUCCUUAAUGCGACACACAUUCAGACUCAGACAGAAGAAAGUGGUUUAAACAGUCUGAACACAGAGACAACUUUGGAACUCCUAGACAUUGAGACACAGACUGACUUCCUGCUCUAUGACAACCUUGGUAAUGGGCACAACAGUGAUGUUGGAACAAGGGUGCAACCAAGUGAUCUGGAGCUUGAGAUGUUUGACACUCAGACCCAGACAGACCUUAACUUCUUGCUAGACACGGGUGGGCACAUGCCCCUUGGCAGUAUCCUCAGACAGUCUAGUUUCAGCAUGAGCACAGAUUCCUCAGACACAGAAACACAAACCGAUGUCAGGCCUGAUCCACUUUCUCUGCCUUGCUCCCAUGAUGGGCAGGUGAGGCUCAGCACUGCUGAAACCCAGACCAUCUCCAGUUCCUUUCAGAGCCUUGGCCACCUCUUCCACACUAGCAACGAGACCCAAACAGCAGUGGAUGACUUCCUUUCAGCAGACUUGGCCUGGAACAUGGAGUCUCACUUUAGCUCAGUGGAAACUCAAACAUGUGAGGAGCUCAUCUCACUAUUUCAACACAAUGAGAAAUCCAAAAGCUAAAGGCUCCAUCAAAGAUGAUUUGGUUGAUUUAGGUCAUAUAAUGAGGGAGUGAAUCCUAGUAUCUCCAUCAGCAAGGGUGGCAGAACUUCAAAACAGUUCCUCACAACAAUCUAGAGUGCAAUCUGUCAGCUAAUAAUUGUGUGUGUAAUCGCCAAAUUUUAUUUUAGACACAAUAUUUAUCAAGUCCACAAUAAGGUACUGCAUAUCUGCCCAAGUCUAAGGAUGUAUAAGUAUACAUUUGCAGCACUUUAUCGCGCACUAUUAAUGAUCAACAUACAGUGGGGCUUGAAAGUUUGGGCACCCCUUGCAGAAUCUGUGAAAAUGCGAGUAAUUUUCAAAAAAUAAGAGAGAUCAUACUAAAUGCAUGUUAUAUUUUAUUUCGUACUGUCCUGAGUAAGAUAUUGUACAUAAAAGAUAUUAACAUUUAGUCCACAAGACAAAAAAAAAAUGCUGAAAUUAUUAAAAUAACCCCACUCAAAAGUACUGUGUUCCGUUACCUGAUGAUCCUUGACUGUCUUUCUGUUUUGUGAUGGUUGUGCAUGAGUCCCUUGUUUGUUCUGAACAGUGAUACUAAGCAGCGCUCUUCAGAAAAAUCUUAAAGGUCCUGCAGGUUCUUCAGUUUUCCAGCAUCUUUGCAUAUUUGAACCCUUCCCAGCAGUGACUUUAUGAUUUUGAGAUGAAUGGAAUGGAAAAAAGUUAUAUUUCAACAAAAUAAGACAAAUUUGGCCAUCUUCAUUGUGUUCAAAAGUUUUCACCCCCCAGCUCUUAAUGCAUCUUGUUUCCUUCUGGAGCAUCAGUGAAUGUUUGAAUCUUUUUAAAUAGUUGUGUUUGAGUCCCUCAAAUGUCCUCAGUGUGAUAAGAUGUAUCUCAAAAUCAUAAAGCCACUGCUUGAAAGGGUUCAAAUAUGCAAAGAUGCUUGAAAACUGAAGAAUCUGCAGGACCUUAAAGAUUUUUCUGAAGAACGCUGCUCAGUUUAACUGUUCAGAAGAAACAAGGGAUUCAUGCACGACCAUCACAAAACAGAAAGACAGUCGUGGAUCAUCAGGUGACCACACACAGUACUAAGAACCAAGGGUUCCCAAACUUUUGAGUGGGGUUAUUUUAAUAAUUUCAGCUUUUUUUGUCUUGUGGACUAAAUGUUAAUAUCUUUUAUGUACAAUAUCUUACUGCGGACAGUACUAAAUAAAAUAUAACAUGCAUUUAGUAUGAUCUCUCUUAUUUUUUUUAAAUUACUCGCAUUUUCACAGAUUGUGCAAAGGGUGCCCAAACUUUCGAGCCCCACUGUAUAUUGGUAAUCCUUCAAGUAUUUUGUUUGUUGUAGCAGGUCAGGUCAGAGCCUCUUGUGGCAAUGUGUAGUAAGUUCGUACUGAUGUUACUCAGAAAUCAGACAGAAAUUAUAUAAAACAGUCAUUCCACAAAUAAUAUAUAUUAUCUCAUUGGUGUAUUUUCUGGUCUGAUAAUGUUUAGAUGUUUCUUUGAUUUGUGCUAUAGAAAAAUUUAUUAAAUUUUAAUAGUACAAUGCUCUAGACCCAUCUAAUAGCCAAUGUGAGUAUAUUUAGUUCUUGAAUAAUUACAAAAUUCAUGCAAAUAUUUCUUGCUGACUGUUAUGUCAUAAUUUAAAACUUACAUCUUAAACCAGUUGAAUUUGCAUCUUAUGCAUGUUCCAGGCAUCACAUUUCCUUAAAAAACAGUGCUGAGGAUUUGUUCCUGCUAACUGUGAUUUGCAUUCUGUAUUGUGAGUAGAUUCAAAUACACAAAUCAAAAAUGUUUACUUUAAAACAAAACCUUUAAUAUUUCUUUGAAAGCAAGUGUCGGUUUUGAUGGAAUAUGUUCAUCCCUCCUCAUGAUUUUAAGUAACUGUUUACACAUACUGUAGAAACCUUUUGUUGAUGCCUUAAUUUAAGUGUUCAUAUGCUUUUGGCUGAGAUAAUGAAAUUGCAGUGCUGCUUAAGGGAGGAGAUUUUGAAUUGAUGUCCUUCGUGUUUUUAUUUUCUUCUUGUUUGUGUUUGUGUGUGUAUUUAUUGUUUUGGUUCUUAUGAAUGUUUCAUCUCUGUGUCAAAAUUGUCAUAUGCCUUAGACACUACAUAUGAAAGGCAACCAUAGCUUUAUUUUCAUUUAGCCUCUCUCUCUCUGUGUAUUAUAUAUAUAUGGGAUAUGCGAUAUGCACUGAAUUUAUUUUUGCUCCUGAACAUUAUGUAUAUAGUGGAAUUUCCACAAGUAGAGUGUAAGUGACACAGUGUCUGUUCCCUUUAUGACGUCACAUUGGCUGCUUCUCAACAUUGUAACUGUAAAAGAGCUUUAGUAUUUUUAUGCCAAACUUUAGGAACUCUCGUAUUCAGCCUCUACAUUAACUGAAAUGCUAUUUAGAUCUUGGAAUAAAUACUGCAAGUAAAUACAUGUUAAUGUUGUGUAGGCAAUGAUGAUGUCAUAGUGAAAACUGUUGCUAUAGAAACUUGAACGGUUCCAAGUGUUUCUCUGUAAAGAGUGCAUGCAUGCAUAAUUUUGUGCCAAGAAUAAUUUUGUGUUGCUUUUUGUUUUCCACCAUGUCUUAUUUAAUUUGGUAUAGGACAUAAUUUAUAAUUAGGUGUGAUAAUUAUAAAAUUAUUACAGUUUUUGUUCUUUAAAAGCUGGCCAUGUGUAUAGCUAUGUUCUGUUAUUUAGAGGCUAUGCUGAUUCACAUGAAACUGGAAAAUAAACUGCAGAAAAUAAA